AUGGCACCGGCACUCGACGUGUACGACUCGUCAACCCCCUCCAACGUCGCUGUUGGGGCCCUGGGCACGACGACGUCUGGCAAGAAACUCCGGAUCCGGGCAUACCCCAAGUUCCAGUCCCUGGAGGAGGAGCGACUGUACAGAAAACAGCACCUCGCCGCGGCGUUCCGAGUCUUCGCGGAGCGAGGCUUCGACGAAGGCGUGGCGGGGCAUAUCUCGGUGCGGGAUCCGAUUCUGACGGACCAUUUUUGGCUCAAUCCCCUCUCGCAACACUUUUCCCAGAUCAGCGUCAGCGACCUGAUCCUCGUGAAUGAAGACGGCCAGGUCGUCGAGGGCGAGGAGCCCAUCAACGCCGCGGCCUUCGCGAUUCACUCUGAAAUCCACAAGGCCAGGCCCGACGUCGACGCCGCGUGCCAUGCGCACAGCGUGUACGGCAAGGCGUUUAGUGCCUUUGGUCGGGAACUCGACAUGAUGACGCAGGAUUCGCUGCGGUUUUGGAAGAGUCAUGCCGUGUACGAUAACUUUGGGGGCGUGGUUUUGGAUCGCGAGGAGGGUAAAAGGAUCGCCAAGGCGCUGGGGGACGGGAAGGCCGUCAUCUUGCAGAACCAUGGGCUGUUGACGGUCGGCAAGACGGUCGACUCUGCUGCCUUCUGGUUCAUUUCGCUGGACAAGACUUGCCAUGCGCAGUUGCUCGCUGAUGCGGCUAGCGCGGGCAGCGGACACAAGAUCAAGCUCAUCUCGGACGAGGAGGCCAAGUUCUCGUAUAGCCAGGUGGGCACGGACGAGAAGGGAUGGCUCGCGUUCCAGCCGUACUAUGACGAGCAGCUGGCCAAGACGAAUGGGAACUUCUUGAAGUGA